GCAGGGAUAACUUGCAGUCAAAGCUAAGAUAAUGGCUGAGAAUGGAAUCUCUGCCAAAUAUCAAUUACACACCCAAAAUAUGCCCCCACGAGAAAGAUUCUCAACUGUUUCCACAUACCUAACCUAACCCAUGACUAAAUUAUGCUUAUCACUAAAACCUCAGCUAAAUUUUAGCUGUUAACUUUUAGCAAACCGACAAGUAUGAUUUCCACCAAUUUCACCCCCACAUGGAUUAGCUGCUUACUGUGGUGUCAGAAACGCCAAUACAGGAAGACAGAGAGCAAGUUCCGCACCGGAAAAGAGCAACAUUAUUUGAAGUACUUCGAAAGAAAGUUGCUUCCGAGUUGAGCUUCACUGUUGCCAUUAGUGGUGAGUUUGUGACAUUUGAGCCACUUUUAGAACUGAGCGUCGCCAUUUAUUACCAUCCAUGGCGGUCUUUAUAUCUGGUUUAGUUUUAUUGAAGUUAACUUGUAUAGGCUGAGGUGGUCUUGAGAGUAUUUACAUCAUGGGAUUCUACCUCAAUCUUUUUCUCAUCCUGGUUUCUAUCCCUGCAAUUUUGGCUCAAGAAAUUAGAGUUGCUAAAAUUGUAGUAGAUGGGACUGCAACAGUAGCUGAAACUGACGAAAACUUCAUCUGUGCAACUCUUGAUUGGUGGCCUCCAACAAAGUGUGACUACAACCAAUGUCCAUGGGGGAAUGCAUCUGUUACAAAAUUGGACUUGUCUCAUCCGAUACUUGCCAAAGCAAUCCAAGCUUUCAAGCAUAUGAGGAUAAGAAUUGGAGGAUCUUUGCAAGAUCAAGUAUUGUACAAUAUAGGAAAUUUGAAGUCUCCUUGCCAUCCAUUUCAAAAGAUGAAAGAUGGGUUAUUUGGAUUUUCAAAGGGUUGUUUAUACAUGAGGAGGUGGGAUGAGCUGAACCUUUUUUUCGCCAAGACGGGGGCAAUUGUGACAUUUGGCUUAAAUGCACUUUAUGGAAGGCACAAGAUCAAGAGGGGUGUUUGGGGAGGAGAUUGGGACCCUAGUAAUACAAAGGAUUUGAUGGCGUAUACCAUUUCUAAAGGAUACCAAAUAGAUUCAUGGGAAUUUGGUAAUGAGUUGAGUGGAAGUGGCGUUGGUGCAAGUGUUGGUGCUGAACAGUACGGGAAGGACUUGAUCAAACUUAAGGAUGUAAUGAAUGAGUUGUAUAAGAAUUCCACCUUGAAACCUUCACUUGUAGCACCUGGAGGAUUCUUUGAGCUGGAGUGGUACGCUAAACUUCUUAAGGUUUCAGGUCCAAGAGUAAUCAAUGCCAUGACUCAUCAUAUAUACAAUUUAGGUGCAGGUGUUGACCCCAGUCUUGAAAGUAAGAUAUUGGAUCCCUCUCACUUGAGCAAGAUAUCAGAGACAUUCAACAAUCUUCAGCAAAUUCUGCAAAGGCAUGGUCCUUGGGCUUCUGCAUGGGUUGGAGAAUCUGGUGGUGCAUAUAACAGUGGUGGUCACCAUGUGUCUGACACUUUUGUAAACAGCUUCUGGUACUUAGAUCAGCUUGGAAUGGCAUCAAAAUACAAUACAACAGUAUACUGCAGGCAGUCUUUAGUUGGUGGGAACUAUGGUCUCCUCAACACAUCCACAUUUGUUCCCAGACCUGACUAUUACAGUGCACUUCUAUGGCAUCGACUUAUGGGGAAGGGCGUUCUUGCUGUUGAUACUGAUGCUUCAUCAUAUUUACGCUCUUAUGCCCAUUGUUCAAAAGGAAGGGCGGGUAUUACUUUACUGCUGAUUAAUUUAAGCAAUCAGACUGAUUUCAUAGUCAAGGUUGAGAAUCGUAUGAAUGUAAAUUUUCAUGCAAAUGGGAAAACAACUCAAGGAGAAGGAUCACUGAUGCAUAAUAUUAAGAGAACAGUUUCUUGGGUUGGAAGGAAAGCUUCAGAUGGACCAUUAUACAGAGAGGAGUACCACUUGACUCCAAAAGAUGGCUACACUCGCAGUGAAAUCUCCCUUCUAAAUGGGAUUCCAUUAAAGCUUACAGAUGAAGGAGAAAUCCCAAGUUUGGACCCUGUUCAUAAUGGCGUGAAUUCUCCAUUAUAUAUCGCUCCGUUGUCUCUUGCUUUCGUAGUAUUUCCCAACUUUGAUGCCCCUGCUUGUGUAUAAUUCUUCUCUGCACUCUUUCUGGAGCUUCAUUUCACUAGGUUGUGUAUAACUGCAUGGCAUAGUGAUUAUGGUAAUUGUAAUUUGUAUGUUGUGAUGUAUUUACAGCAAGUUGAAGUAUCUUCUACUGAGAAUAAAAACAAGAAAUUUAUGAUAGAAUAUGCAUUGUAAUCUUUGCUGUUUGAUAUGGUUACUAUUUUCAAUGAAAGUCAUCAAUUUUCACGAUGAUUUAAAUGAA